AAAAAAAUGCGCAGACCGAACGACAACUGUAAACAAUAUCAACAACAAUGGCUCACAGGAGGAGGACCUACUCCUCGGGAUCUGAUGCCUCGGAUCAUUUUAUUUCCAUUAAUGAACGACCUGUGGACGAUAUAUCGCUUGAGUUCUUUUACAGGCCACACACGAUAACCUUACUUAUAGUAACCAUUGCUGGCCUCAUAUACUUCGCCUUUACGAGAGAUGAAAAUGACAGUAUUCAGUCAAAUAUUCAGUCAGGAUUGGCAGCAAUGGUGUUUUUCUUCCUCAUUAUCAGUGUUAUGGCAUUUCCAAAUGGUCCCUUCACCCGACCCCAUCCAGCUAUAUGGCGGAUAGUCUUUGGCCUUUCCAUAUUGUAUAUGCUUUUGCUUCUCUUCAUUAUCUUCCAGGAUUAUCGUACUGUUCGUAGCAUGUUCGAGUGGUUUUUCCCCGAGUUAAAGAACUUCACAAUUGAUAUGGAUAAGGGUGAAUGGGGAGAGAAAUGUGAUGACCUUUCCUUUGGACGGCUCUGGGAGAGUAUCGACUUCUUCUGCUUUGCUCACUUUGCAGGCUGGGCCAUGAAAACUCUGCUCGUAAGGCAUUAUGGUAUUCUUUGGACCAUCUCUGUCAUGUGGGAAAUAACUGAGAUUGCCUUUUCCCAUCUACUACCAAAUUUUCUUGAGUGUUGGUGGGAUGCUUUCAUCUUGGAUGUGCUGCUUUGUAAUGGUUUAGGCAUCUGGGUGGGUAUGCAGUUCUGUCACCUUAUGGAGAUGCGUUACUACAACUGGGAGAGCAUCAAGGAUAUUCAGACAACAACAGGAAAAUUGAAACGGGCCGUUCUGCAAUUCACUCCUGAGUCUUGGACAGCUAUGCGAUGGCUAGAUCCAGCAUGCACUUACAUGCGUUUUCUUGCUGUAAGUCAGCUGGUAAUUUUCUGGCAGUUAUCAGAAUUGAACACAUUCUUUUUAAAGCACAUCUUUGAGAUGCCACCAAGCCACCCUUUGGUCUUCAUGAGAAUAUUCUUAUUAGGAGCAAUGUCUGCACCCACCAUACGGCAGUACUACAGCUAUGUAACAGAUCCAAGAUGCAAGCGAGUAGGUACUCAGUGUUGGGUAUAUGGGCUCUGUAUGUGCAUCGAAUCCCUUAUCUGCAUCAAAUUUGGGGCUGAUAUCUUCCAAAAUACACAGACCCGGAAUAUAAUAAUCUGGAUUAUAGUUCAAGCAGCAGGCUCUGUUAUAUGUGUGUAUCUUUGUGUCACUCAUCACAGAUGGCAACGCAAACGUCAGGUAAAAAUGGAUGAUUCUUUAGAUGACGAUUCAGAGGCUGAUCCUAAGAUGUCAUCCUAUGUGCAGACACUUCCACGUAAAACAGUAACACUCAGCACACCAGAAGAUGAAGACAGUGAUGAUGAAGCUGAGGGACCUUUGAAAGUUCAUAGAAGAAGAAAAAACUUGCAACUUCGGAGGAGCAACAGAGUAGAGCAGUAAUGAAGUGGAAGUUUAGGCAUUUUUAUGAAAGACAGAUUGGAGACAUUUAGUUGUGAAAAAAAUUUACUUUUGAUGAUAUGCAAUUUUGAGUACAAUCAUGUAAAUAUUAGUGACUGUACUAAUAUUCUGUUAUUAUCAUCAGUUAUGAACUGACGGACUUCUGUCCUCAUGACUCUUUCCACAGAAGUUUUAUUAUAGGGUAAGCUCUCUAUUAUCCAUGGUAAUUUAUACUUAACUUUUGCAGAAAACUAGAAAAAUACAGUCAGAAAAUAUCUCUCAAAAGUGUGUAGUAUAAAUCAGUGCAACAUAUAGUAUAACUCCUUCUUUACAUUAUACACAUACAGGCAGUCCCCGGUUUAUGAUGGGGGUUCCAUUCUUGAGACGUGUCAUAAUGCUGAUCAUUGUCAAAAAUCCUAAGAAAACCCUACUUUUAAUCCUUUGGGUGGAUUUAAAACUAUGUAAACUGCAUUUUUAUUGCAUUUUUCAUCCAAAAAAACUUCAAAUAUUGAUUAUUUUGCCUUUUUGGAGUAAUUUUUCUUCCAUCAGAUUGGCAUCGUAGCCCUGGAACAUGCGUCAUAUGCCUGGAAAGAAUUUUUUAUUAAUAUAAUUGAAAAGCGCUGUAACCUUGGAACGAAACUGGUGACUGCCUACCAUACAGUACAAGUAUUAAUGAAUUUUGAUAAGUUAAUUACCAGUUAAUUGGCAAAUGAGAAAUAGGGAUAAAAACAUUCUUUUGAAAAGUAUAAGUGUAAAGUAAAUAGAGAUUGAUUCAUUUUUCCACUUGCACUCAUUUCAUGCUUUUGUACAUUUUGAUAUUAUUAGUAGUUUGUUUAAUGUAACAACUGAAUACCAUAGAUAGACUCCCCCCAUAGGGCUUGUCUAAAUAACUAUUUAUGAAAUCAGAAUGGAAAUGUAACAAAGUAAAGUUGAAAAUGUUGGCACUGAAGUGAAAAGAAACCAGAUGGAACAGGUCAAAAGUGUAAGUCAGGAAGCAGUGCAGCUGGUACCAGUGGGCUCUGCAAAGAUCCUGUAGUACCUCUUAGGAACCCUUUUAGAAAAAAUCUUUGCAAAUGCCAUGAUAUAACAUCCCAAAUUGUGUGUAGACUUAGCUUAGCACAUUUCAUACCUUAGAGUUUUAUUCAGCCACAUCAUCAAAGAUGGUCUAAUUUAGAGUAUUCAUUAAACUUUGGUACUAUCAAUAUUUUGUUUAUCUAAAGUGUAUGUUUCCAUGUCAUGAAGUAAAAAAUUGAUGAUGGAGUAAAGAAAUGAAGAAAGGGAGAGUUUGGUAGAGAGUACCUAUUGUACCUAUACAGUUGACCGCCUGUUAUUUGCGGGGAUGUGCAUCACAACCCUCCGCGAAUAGCGAAAAUACGCGAGUACUUUGAACCCUUCUAAAAAUGCUUAUAGUAACUGCCUAUUUGUGAGCUCAGACACCAAAAAAUCUCUAAAAACACUUAUACCGUAUUUUAAUAGUUUUAUCACAAAAAAUGCAUUUAGUCCAAAAUAUGAAAAUACAGUAAUUAAUGAAUAUUUCUGUAUGCAAAAAAUUGUGAAUAGGUGAAUUUUCCACGGACCGUGUGUGUAUAUACGUUCCACAGAAAAGUUCCUGAAUAGAUGAAUCCAUGAAUAGGCACCUAAUUAACUAAAAUCUAUACUCACUCAACCAAUAGAAAUUAUAUAAUGCAAGAGAAGUGAAAAUUAUUUUAGAUUAUUAAAUGAAAAAAUAUUAGAAAAUGGUUGUACGCUACAGGGUGUGAGAGAGAGAAAUAAAAUAACUAGCUGCCCAAUCAUUCUUCCAAGGCUGGCUUGAGAGUAAUUGUACGCUUCACAAGCUUAACUGCCAAAAUCUGGCUCAGCCACCAGCUUUGGCAGCCAAUCACAAAGUUAUACCUUGUGGUCAUGGAUUUACUUACUAUUUUUAUGUUUGCAGUGACCUGUCAAAAGAUGUCAGUUUUUUUAGAAUGAAUCAGUCUUAUUCCAAGUUCGUGUGUGGCCUUUUCUUUUAUAUUAACAGUAUGUUCUUAUGUCCUUGGGGGAUGACCUCAGGCUGUUAAGGGAGACCAAAGCCAGAACUUUUCCAUCAUGUUGAGUGGCAUUUUGUAGCAGUAGGUAUGGUGGAUUAAGUCUAUUAAUCACUUGGCUGUUCUGCAAGUGCUAUGCUGCAUCUACUUAGCAGAAGAUGAAUUGGGCUCUUAAGAAGUAAGGAAGUCAGAACUUAAGUGGCAUAUAUAGUCCAGUAGGGGCUUUUCUUUACUGCUAGGGCCAUGGCCGUAUUGAUUUCAUUUGUUGCUAAGGUGAAAACCUUUCUAGUCUACUUAUUGCUCUGAGAGUUCUUUAGUGUAAAGGAAAGGGACACACAGGAACUUGGAAUGAGAUCGAUUUAUCCUCAGAAAUUUACCUCUUAUGACUGCAUUAUGGGGAGAGGGGUUGAUAGGUAAGUUCUUGACUGUAGGGGUUAUCAUUUGAUUGGUUGCCAAAGAUUGCAGAUGAGCUAGAUUUCAGUAGCAAGGUUUUUACAAGAAUUUAUAUCUUAUGUCUUAAUAUCGAAUCAAAAUACCUACUGGAAAAAUUAAUGAGGUCAGAGCCAUGAACAGAACGGUUAGAAUUUUAUUGCUUGCUUACUGACAUUCCUUUUAAAACAAAUGUAAUUUUAGGUCUAGAAAUAAAAAAAAGAAAAUUAUAUAAAA